AUGUCAGCGAUUUCGAUACGUGAUGAUGGCCACUUUAUUUUGCGUAUUCAUGUUAAACCAAACGCUAAGCAAUCACAAGUGGUGGAUGACGCUCGAAUAUCAGACUAUCAGACUUUAUUUUUAGAAAUUGGAGAGGAAGAAGUGAGCGUCGCUAUUGCUGCACCUGCAAUAGACAACAAAGCAAAUGAAGAACUUUUACGUUUUAUAGCCAAAACACUCGGCAUAAAGAAGAAUGCGAUCAACAUCGAAGCUGGUUGCCAUUCGAGAACGAAAACUAUUCUAGUGAAAUCGACUAAGCUGACAUUGGAUCAAUUACACGAAAAGUUAACAGAAGGACGAAAAGAUUAG